AUCAAGUGCACCGCUUGGCCUGCUCAGUCGAGCGGUUUGUACGAUGCCGUGGCCGGUGUGUAGAGUGGACUAACUGGCAAUAACAAAGUAACGUUGCUGUAAUUUGGCAAGUAAAACAAUGUUUCAAUUCAAUUACUCUGUACAGCCAUAUGUUUAUAUGCGUCUCUUGAUAGUUAAGCUAGUUAGCCAACGCGUUACUUGAUUUAGACGGACCGUUCACACUUUGCUUAGCUAACGUUAGCUAUCUAGCAUACCAGCUUUCGCCGCCGUUCGCCAGCAGCUUUCAGCACAGCGAGGUGCAUUGCUCCUGUUUGAAGAUGGUGCCUCUGCAGUAGUUCCUGCGGGGAAGGGUGAACCAGCACCAUGGCUUGCCCUGUACAGUUCCUAUGCCGGGCAGUCCGCACUGUGAGCCUGGUCCUCGUUUACUAUGUCUUCUCCAUCGGCAUCACCUUUUAUAAUAAGUGGCUGAUGAAGGGCUUCCACUACCCACUGUUUAUGACGCUGGUCCACCUCACCAUAAUAUUCUGUCUCUCUACCCUGACCCGCUCGGCCAUGCAAUGCUGGACAGGGAAGCCUCGGGUCAUGUUGAACUGGAAAGACUACCUCUCAAAGGUUGCCCCAGUCGCCAUGGCAACAGCGCUGGACAUUGGACUCUCCAAUUGGAGCUUCCUCUUCAUCACCAUAAGCUUGUACACAAUGACCAAGUCUUCUGCAGUGCUCUUCAUCCUCUUCUUCUCAUUGGUUUUUAAACUAGAGGAGCCGAACCCAUACCUGAUCGUGGUGGUCCUUCUGAUAGCCAGCGGUCUGUUCAUGUUCACCUUCGAGUCGACCCAGUUCAACCUGGAGGGCUUCAUCAUGGUACUGCUGGCAUCGUUCAUCGGUGGGAUCCGGUGGACCCUCACGCAGGUCCUGAUGCAGAAAGCAGAGCUUGGGCUCCAGAACCCAAUAGACACCAUGUACCAUCUACAGCCGCUCAUGUUCAUGGGCCUCUUCCCACUCUUCCUCUUCAAUGAAGGGCUGAGCCUAAGUACCUCAGAGAAGCUGUUCCGUGUGAAUGAGCUCUCUCCCCUGCUCUACACUCUGAUCAUGCUGAGUAUAGGCGGAUCACUGGCCUUUGGCCUGGGCUUCUCAGAGUUCCUGCUAGUCUCAAAAACCUCCAGUCUCACUUUCUCCAUAGCAGGGAUCUUUAAGGAGGUGUGUACUCUGCUGCUGGCAACAGGCCUGAUGGGGGACAGGAUGAGUGGACUCAACUGGAUGGGUUUCGCUGUCUGUGUUUCUGGCAUCUCCCUGCAUGUGGGGCUGAAGACCUACUAUUCCAAAAGUAAAGUUCACUCGUUGAGACAGAUGCCCAUUCAAAACAGCCAAGACCUGGGAGUACCACUAUUGUGUCAUAAGGAAUACGAGGGGGAGGAGACAGCUGAUGACGAUGAUGAGGAGCAGGAGAUUCUACUCUGAAUCUAACAAGAUGGUUGACUGACUCAUGUUCCAGAGAGGCAAAGAGAAGGGAUCACUGCCUCUACCUCGCUUUCCAACCAAGGUGCACGAGUUGAGGAGCAAACUGAGGUAGAGAGGAGAUUCGGUAACACUUGGAGGACAAAUGGAAUUAAAUAAAAAGUUUAUUUAUUGCAAAAAGUAUAACCAACGUGUUUUAGCCUUCUUCAGAGAGGCCACAGAGGAACAGAAGGGGAAGGCUUCCAACCCUCCUCUACAGCCAACAUUCUCUUCAGCCUUUGUCCAAAAUCGCUGAGCAUUACGGUCAGUAAAAUGGACAGACGCCCUGAACUUCAAUUAUCAAAUGCAUUUACUGUUGCCUUUUAAGGGCCUUCAGUGAUGUGAAAGAUAAGUGUUUACCUUAUAAUAUGUGAAAUGACCAAACCGUACGUGCCAUUAUAAUGAUAGAAAGGUUUAAUAGAAAUGGAGGACCACUUGCCUAAACAUCAGACUGUUACCAUGGUUACUCCAUGAUUGUCAGUCUGACCGAAGUCGACCUAAAAAAGAAACUAUAUUCUCUAUAAGCCAAAAUGUUGAAUAAAAUGAUAUUUACACACA